AUGGAAAAGGAUUAUAAGAACAGAAACUCAAAAGAGAUAGGCGAUUUUGCAGAAUACUUUGAAAACACAUUAGAAUACUGCAUCGUCCCUGUGAUCGUCCCUGUGAUCGCCCCUGUGAUCGCCCCUGUGAUCGCCCCUGUGAUCGCCCCUGUGAUCGCCCCUGUGAUCGCCCCUGUGAUCGCCCCUGUGAUCGCCCCUGUGAUCGCCCCUGUGAUCGCCCCUGUGAUCGUCCCUGUGGUCUUCCAAAGCAUGGCUCAGAGUGGGACCUCUUCUCUCCAUGAUCGAGUCAAACCUGCGCAGGCCUCGCUGAAGGAAACGGCACUUUUUGUGAAGACGGAAACAAAAAAGAAAGAAUUUUUACAGCAACAAACAAAAGACGAGACAAAGACGUUCAACUUAAGACAGAGGCGUUUGGCAAAGUUCAUAAUAAUAGACCUGGAAAUCGGUGUCCAACAACUCAUUUCUUAA